AUGGACGAGUCCCAAGAUCGAUUUCCACUUCACACAGCAGCUCGGGAAGCCAAAGUCUCGGUCGCGGAGACGCUCAUCAAGACCGAGCCGAAGCUUGCUAUCCGAGAAGAUGACGACGGCAGACUUCCCAUUCAUUGGGCUUCAUCGUCUAACUGCACGGAGAUUGUCCUCCUCCUCGCACAACUUCGCAAUUUCAACCCAGAUGUUCAGGACGGCAGCGGCUGGACGCCACUGAUGAUUUCUGCCAGUAUCAAGGAUAGCGAAAAACUCGUGAAUCUCUUGCUACAGAAAGGAGCUGAUGUAAACUUGAAGAACCAUAACGGACAGAGCGUUCUUCACUUUGUCGCCUCUAAAAACAAUUUGGAUGUCGCGAAGAAUCUUCUCAGCCGCGACCCGCCCGCAUCUACCAGAGUCCGCGACAAACGCGGCCAAUACCCCAUUCAUCGGGCUGCUGCUGUGGGCUCAGUCCCUAUGGUAAAUCUGCUCGUCAAGAACAAGAGCCCUUUGAACGCCACCGACGCAUCCGGCUACACCGCUCUUCACCAUGCGGUCGCCGAAGGACAUGGCGACACAGCGGUGGCGUUGCUGAAAGCCGGCGCCGAAUUUGACAAGAAAGACAAUGAUGGCUACCUGGCCCUGGACUUGGCACCAGACAAGGAGGUCCGUCGCUAUAUUGAGCGAGCAGCCGAGGGAGAGGGCAUAGAUCUCUAA